UUCAACCACUCUAGAGUUCAGUUUGGAGGAUAACGUUUCGCGAAGUGGAACAGUCAAUUUGAAGAGUUUCGAUAGUUUAACUGCCCCACCGCCGCCAUGCCUAACAUUCGUUCGUUGUGUUCGGAGCUUGCGCAGAAAGCCAAGGACGAACUCAACGAAGUUCCGGAGCGACUUGACGAGGACCUGGCAGCACUGCGAGCAUGGUUGGCCAAGUGCCCGCACCUUAAGAUCCGUUCGGAUGACCAGCAUCUGGUGAUGUUCCUGCGUGGAGCCAAGCACAGUCUGGAACGUGCCAAAGAGAAAAUUGAUUUGUACUACACUCUCCGGACUGCUCUGCCGGAACUGAUGCGGAACCGAAAUCCAUUCGAUCCGAAGAUGGCAGCGUUGAUGCGAAUGGGAUCGGCCGUUCCACUGCCAAAUACGGAAGGACCUGCUAGCCCAAGAAUCGUACUUAUACGGCCAGGCUUGUACGAUCCAGCCCAGUACACCAUCCAGGAUGUAUUCCGGUAUAAUUCGAUGAUGAGUGAUAUCAUGAUGAUGGAGGACGAUCAACUUGGAAUCGCCGGACAAGUUGGCAUUCUCGACUUGGCAAACACUACGAUGGCCCACUUCCUGCAGUUCAGUCCGACCUUUGUCAAGAAGGUUACCAUGCUGUCCCAGGAAGGUUCACCGCUUCGAUUGAAGGGCUUCCACUACAUCAACACUCCGUCCGGAUUUGAAAUGGUCUACAAUCUGUUCAAGAACUUCCUCAACGAAAAGAACCGAACUCGGCUCCACGUGCACGGUAGCAACAUGGAGUCGCUGUACGAGCACAUCCCGAAGCGGCUGCUGCCGAAGGAGUACGGCGGUGAGGCGGGCCCCAUCCAGGACGUGGUGGACACGUGGGUCAAGAAGAUCGAGGCCAACGCGGACUACUUCAAGCAGGAGGAGCAGUACGGCACGGACGAGAAGCGACGCCCGGGAAGGCCCAAGAACGCGGAGAGUCUGUUCGGCAUUCAGGGGUCGUUCCGGAAGCUGGAGGUGGAUAACCUUCCCGCUGAGAUGGUCAACCUUGCCAUACGUCCGGUUCCGGAGCCGCUCUGCAAGAAGGCUCGUGCUGAACUCAACGAACAACCCGAACGCAUUCAGGAAGACAUCGCACUUCUGCGACAAUGGAUUGCGAAGAGUCCCCACCUGCGAUCGCGCAUCGACGAUCAGUUUUUGGUGGCGUUCUUGAGGGGUUGCAAGUAUAGUCUGGAGCGGGCCAAGGAAAAGUUGGAUAUGUUUUACACGGUGAGGACCAUGUCCCCGGAACUGAUUCGAACUCGGGAUCCGCUGGAUCCCAAAACUCGCGAGAUUAUUAGGAUGGGAGUUGGAGUUCCGUUGCCCUUGACGGAUGGUCCUGAUGCGCCACGAGUGCUGUUGAUCCGUCCGGCAGCUUACGAUCCCCCGAGGACCACCAUCGAGGAAGUUAUUCGAGUUAGCACUAUGGCGAACGACAUUAUGAUGCUCGAGGAUGACAACUUUGUGAUCGCCGGACAGGUUGGCAUCCUGGAUUUGUCGAACGUGACCGUGAACCACUUUCUCCAGUUUACACCUUCGUUCGUGAAGAAGAUGACGAUGAUGAGCCAAGAGGCUUCUCCGUUGAGACAGAAGGGCUUUCAUUACAUCAAUACUCCCAGCGGCUUUGAGGUGGUGUUCAACAUGUUUAAGAACUUAAUGAGCGAAAAGAACAAGUCCAGGCUUUACGUUCACGGCCACGACAUGGAGUCCCUGUACAAACACGUACCUCGACGGCUUCUUCCGAUGGAGUACGGUGGCGAAGCCGGUCCGAUCCAGAACAUUAUUGACAAGUGGGAGCAGAAGAUCAUCGCCUACAGGGACUACUUCCUCGAAGAGGACCAGUACGGUACCGACGAGAAGAAGCGACCGGGUCGACCCAAGAACGCUCAGACGCUGUUUGGUGUUGAGGGAUCGUUUCGGAAGCUCGAAGUGGAUUAAACCAUGUUGUCAUGACAGCACGUGUGACUUUAUUCGCUAUACUCUUAAGCUUAUCUAAAUAAACAACGUCGAAGGUGGUUUAAG